AUGAGAUUCAUGACCUCGGGGUGCGGCAAGUGGGCUGAUCCAUAUUGUGAGGAAUCAAAAGCUGUUCAGCUGACCCACAAUCCAAGGCAAUUUCAGCAGGGUCAAUUCAUCAUUAGGCUGGUCGGCCGGCACACAGAACCACUCCUCAAGAAGAUAUGGGUGGCCGAGCCAGCUUUGAUGGGGUCAACAUAUACAUCGGCUCAUCAGCAGGCACCAUCAACCAUGGCCUGUUUGUAUGGUCAGGGGGCUCAGUGUUGUUGGGGUAAGGUCACUAAUACUUGUGGCGUUACGCGCUGCGGAGAUGGCCAUUACCGACGUGUGGUCUAUGGCCUUGGACCCUACAUUGCCGACUACCCAGAACAAGCUCUGCUUGCAUGCAUUGUUCAGGACUGGUGUGCAAAGUGUACAGCACCUUCCGACAAUUUGGACGGUCCGAUUGGGGGUCGCCGUUCCCAGGCUCUCACUGAUACCUUACUCGAAGGCUGCACGCUGAAAGAGUUAUGGGAUGACUAUGGUAUUGUUGGCGACGUUAUUCUAGUGUUUAAAGGUUCAGUUCAGUCCGGUUUUUUGCCCCGAAAACGCGCAACCGUGGACCGCAACCGGUCCAGGACCGACCCAGAUAUUGAGGGAACCGAACCGAACCACCUAGGACCGGUCUUUUGUGGUCCAUGA